AUGCCGCCCUCAGCGCUCUCCUCCUGCAGCUCCUCCUCGCUCCUCCUCGGCGCCGCCAAGGGGAACCUCUCCUCGGGACGAGCAAGUUUGGAACCCCAAACAGCACACCGGGCUCGGGGUGCCCAAGGCAGCAUGCCCACGACGUCGGAUGAGACGGUGGUGGCCGGCGGCACGGUGGUGCUCAAGUGCCAGGUGGAGGACCCCGACGACUCCUCGCUGCAGUGGUCCAACCCUGCCCAGCAGACUCUCUACUUCGGGGAGAAACGAGCCCUGCGGGACAACAGGAUCCAGCUGGAGAGGUCCACGCCGAAUGAGCUGACCAUCAGCAUCAGCGACGUGGUGCUGUCGGACGAGGGGGAGUACACCUGCUCCAUCUUCACCAUGCCCGUGCGGACCGCCAAGGCUCUUGUCACCGUGCUGGGAAUCCCCCAGAAACCCCAAAUCUUCGGCCACGAGCAGCCCAUUGAUGAGGAGAAGAUAGCCCGGCUGACCUGCCGCUCCUCUGGCAGCAAGCCCGCCGCCCAGCUGCGGUGGAAGAAGGGCAACAAGGAGCUGAAGGCCGAGGGCACGGAGGUGGUGGAGGACCCCAACGGGAAGACCUUCACCGUCAGCAGUCGGGUGGAGUUCCGCGUCACCAAGGAGGACAACGACGCCGAGGUGACCUGCACGGUGGACCACGAGUCCCUGCAGAACUCCGAGAGGUCGACCACGCAGAAGCUGCAGGUCCACUACAAACCGACGGCGAAGAUCGAGCCGCACCCCCUGUACCCGCGGGAAGGCGAGAAGCUCCAGCUGCAGUGCGACGGGCAGGGCAACCCUGUCCCCCAGGAGUUCCUGUGGGAGAAGGAGGGCAGCGACGCGCCGCUGCAGCUCAGCUCCGACAGCAUCCUCAUCUUCCCCUUCCUCAACAAGAGCGACAGCGGCACCUACGUCUGCACGGCCACCAGCUCCAUGGGCAGCGUCGUGGCCAAAUACAACCUGGAUGUCAGCGAUCUUCCCCAGCUCCCCACCCCACACGUUCACUCCACUCCAGCCCCUCCGCCGGGCCCUUCCCAGCCCAUCUCUCAUGCUUCUUCCAUGGCCACCGCCUCAUCCUUCACUCCAGCUCCCGUCCAAGACGCCAGCCCGGUGCCGUCGACCUCCAGCACGUACCACGCGGUCAUCGGCGGAGUGGUGGCCGUCAUCGUCUUCCUCCUGCUCAGCCUCCUCAUCGUUUUGGGACACUACCUGAUCAGGCACAAAGGUGUAUGCGUAAGGCACGGGGAGACGGUCACAUCCAGCCGGCGGCAAAGCCCAGCAGAGGUGAUGUGUACCUACCUGACCCACGAGGCCAAGGGCUCCGAUGACGCCCCGGACGCCGACACAGCCAUCAUCAACGCAGAGGGCGGCCAAGCCGGCGGCGACGACAAGAAGGAGUAUUUCAUUUAG